GCGAAUCUUUCGCUGAGCGUUGUUGUGGUUGCCGCGCAUCGAAUACGUGGAGUGGUUGAACCGAACACUAUGAUUCACGAAUGUUUCUGUUACCAAAGGCUGGUUUCAAAUGAUGUUUCAGUUAUGUACUCAAGGUCCUCCAACUGUGUCUUAUGCUCAUGCUAAAUGUUUCACACCUUACUGUGUUCACAUCGCACACUUAGCUGAAGUUGAAGUCGCCUGUGUCGAAAAUUAUCAUCAUGUAUAGUCUCCUGUACGGCCUUUGGAGGUAUGUGACUCAAAGAGACGAGUACUACGUCUUAAUACUGGGACUUGACAACGCAGGCAAAACAACGUACUUAGAGCAGACGAAAACAAAGUUCAACAGAGGAUACAAAGCCUUGAAUCCUCACAAGAUAACAGCGACUGUCGGACUUAACAUCGGUAAAGUUGAUAUCCACGGCAUCAGGUUGAACUUUUGGGACCUAGGUGGUCAGGAGGCCUUACAAUCUCUAUGGGAUAAGUACUAUGCCGAAUCGCACGCUGUUAUUUACAUCGUCGACUCGUCCAACAGGGAUAGGGUGCAAGAAUCGAAAGAAGCAUUUGAAAAAAUGAUCAGGAGCGACGCACUGCAUGGGAUUCCCGUACUCAUUGUUGCCAACAAACAAGAUAUUCAGGGUUGCCUGUCCGUUGCAGAGAUUCGUCAGCUGUUCCGCGACUGUUCUCACUUGUUGGGUCGAAGAGACUGUCACAUGCUGGGAGCAUCGGCGUUACAUGGGGAUGGCAUCAAUGAAGGCAUCGAAUGGAUUGUCCAGUGUGUGAAACGCAACAUCCUGCGCCCAGCACGCAAUAGCGAGUGUUCCUGAGUCACACAUAUCUCUAUACGUAUACUUUUAUGUGUUUCAAAUGUUUUUACUGUCGUUCAACAUUUUAUGAAAUGGGAAUGCGGGUUCCAACAGUUUUCAAUUGUUUUCAGUUGCAAUAAAAUGAAACAUUUAAGUCUGCCAGUCAUCAACAGAGGCGAUGAAAAUGGCACUAUUGCAGUGCAUAUACGGAACUGGGUACUGUACCACUGGGAGACGCUGUACAUAGUUACAUUGUCAUUUACGUAUCAUGGCCUUGUAUGGCUAUGCCUUUAAACUUUGUACAUAUGUAAAUUUAUAAGAAAGAUCCGUUUAUUCAAAUUUUUAGAACCAGCCUUUACAGUGUUUUCAUUCUUGCUUCUAUCCUGUCUUCGCAACAUAGGGUAACCGAGCUUUGGUCUGGGCUAGAUGGUAUUGCAUACUGUCGAAGGAAUUUCGUGCUCAUGUAAGACAGCAGAUGGAAGAGGCACAAAGCAAGGGCAGAGAAAGUGCAGCGGUACAACUGUUUGCGGCAGCGUUGGCAAAUGAGUUACUUACAGUACAAUGUUAGAGGAAGAGAGUGGUUCUCAUUAGAGUGUGCACGGUUGCCUGUCCCAAGAAUUGUACUCCCUUCUUUAAGAGGGUUAGCUGGUCGCAAAAAUAUUUGUGCUCUCGCAGGGUCUGUCCAAUGUACACUUUCUUACACGGGGAUUUUUGUAGGCAGUAGAAAUAGUCUGUACCUCUCUCGCACAUGGGACAAAGUUCUACUCAUGCUCGAUACAACUUGCCACUUCCAAAUUACAAAAAUCAUCGCAAAAUGUUGCCACAAGUCUGAAGAGAGCCUUGACAGACAAAUAGUAAAGCUCAGAGGAAGCAGCUACCCUGCCCGAGUGGUCACGCUGACAACGGGAAACUGCGUAAGAAAGCCAGAGAAAAUGGCUGUACUAUCCUCAAUGCUCCUCGUAUUGCCAUAUGUUCGUAAUGGUUCGCACAGACUAAAGAAAGUUGCAAACAAGUUCAGGAAAGACGUGGUGUUCUAAGCUCCCAACAAAUUACGACGACUAUUUGGUAUGCAACUACAAUUGUUGUAAUAGUGAACAAGAAACAGGGAAGUGAAGAGAGCGAAACUUUGUGCCAUGUGUAAAAGUAGUAGUUUACAAGAUCCCCUUAUUAGACAGACAGGCAAGUGCCUGUGGGAACACAAAUGCCUUUGCGACCAGUGGUCUCAGAAUCUAGCAUCCCACUCUUAUAAGUGUACCUGUGAGCCCCAAUUUGAAGCAACUCAAGUGUUAGCGAAAACAAACGAGAGAACGAAAGGGAGAUAAACGAGGCACUUUAUGUCCUUGUUUUGUGUCUUUUCCGUCCUGUCUCUCACGCUGGUGUGUAGUCCUUUCAACAGCAAACAAAAGGCUCUACGAUGAUGCAUUGCUAUUUAUCACACAAUACAGGAUGGCAAGGAGAGAAUCCUGCUAAAUAAAUAUUUUUUACUUCCUUUUAA